CGGGCGCGCCCGGCGCAACAUGGUUAACACAAAGUCCGCGCGCGGCCCCGGGCUCCCCGUAUGAAAAGUGUGAGCGCGGGCGGCCGGCAUCCCCUGGCCGACUUGAGGGACUACCGGGAGGAUGGGAUGGACCUCGGCAGCGACGCCGGCGGCAGCAGCAGCAGCAGCCGCUCGGGCUCCCAGCCCAACUCCACCAAAGUGACCCCCUGCUCGUCGUCGCCGGGGGGCAGCCUGGACCUGGUGUCGGCGCUGGAGGACUACGAGGAGCCCUUCCCGACCUUCCCCAAGACGGCGAUCGAUGAGUGGGCGCCGGAGGACGGAGACGACGAGGAGGAGGACGGGCGCGGGGGCCGGGAUGGCCGCUGUCCG